UGAUUUCUAACAGAUUAUUCCGUAACGUCAUUGACCAGCACUGUCGAAAUAAAGAAUGCAGACCACUGUUCACAUAUAGAACAGAGGCUAUUAAGAAAAAUGGGUCAAAUGCAAAAAAAAGAUACUCGCGUCCGAAAGGGAAUGGGUCAUGGACAAGUCAAAAGAAAGGAUCCAUUGUGUACAAAAAGAAAUUCAUACAUCAAGCAAGAAUCGCUUAUGUUUUUGGUGUCCGAAAAGAAACUAAACUAUUUAUCAAUUAUCUCGGAAAUAUAUAAUAAUGUUGUAAAAUAUGUCAUUUUCCCAGGGCGAAAGGAAUUGAAUAAACAUGAAACUUGAAAAUAUGAUUUCAGACUAUCCCUCGUAAGUACGGUACAAAAUCAAUCUCUAUGAGAAUUAAUAACAACUUAUAUUCGCCUACGAUGAAGUAAUUCAAAGGAUGUGUGAGAAGAUUUGAGAAUACAAUCUGACGAAGCGUCAUACCCAAUAAUGUUGAGUGUGGUGAAAUUUUACAUAACAGUGGGGAUAUAUUCAACAGAAAUAUCGUUCCUAGCUCGAGAUGACAGUAAUCUGAAAGCUAUUUCCGGGCGAGUACAUACAGGUGAAGAGCACAGUGACCUUUAAACUUGCGUGUCAAGUUCCCUUGUCUACAAACAAAUACGAAAAAUUAUGACAACUAUUGACAGGGAAUAUGUUAUAAUACCCAUUCAUCGACGACAAGAUUUAAUUCAAAAUUGUUGCACGCUACUUAAUUCUGAAUGGCCACGAAGUGAAUCUGCACGGUUAAAAUCUCUAAACGUAUCGUGCGAUGAAUUUCCUACUUGCCUUAUACUCAUUGAUACGAAAGAUAGAGUACUUGGUCAUUGUAAGAUAUCAUUAAUACCCAGAGUGCGUCACAGUUGUUUCAUACAAUCAGUUAUAAUUGAUUAUCGAUAUAGAUCUCAGGGACUUGGAUCUAGAUUGCUGCAAGGGGCAGAAGAAUAUGUAGCAAAGAAAGGAAUUAAAAAUGUAUGUUUAAUAACUAAAGGCCAAGAAGUUUUUUACCUAAAAAAUGGAUAUAAACAAUGUGAUCCAUUUAAAGCAUAUGGAAUUAAUGAUGUUGUAUAUUCUACAGCAGCAUUCGCUAAAGCAAAGCUUAAAGAGAAAUGUACACAAUAUUCUGGCCCACCACCUCCUCCAAUGCCAAACUUUCAAGUGCCAAAGUUCUUUGAUUUAAGCGUAAUAGCUCAUAGAACGCACAUGAUAAAAAAAUUAUCAUCAUAAUAGUAAAAUAAUUUUUAAAACUGCGUGCGUUUACAAGAUUCUUUCAUAUUCCAUAUAGAAAUGCUUCACAAAACGUAUAGUAUUUAUUAGUUUAGUAAAUUAUUUUUUUAACUAUUAAUAAUAAUACAGAAUUAC